AUCUCCGCUCCUUCCUCCUCCCCCCCCGCCCCCAACGCCUUCCUCCUCUCCUCCCCCCCGGCCCAGUCCGACCUCGCCGCCCGCUUCUUCUCCGCCUUCCUCCUCACCCUCCGCCGUGAGUGGCCCGGCAUCGACUUUCUCCGCCUCGACAAGUUCUACCUCCUCAACCGUCGCUUCCUCCACCACCUCUUCCUCCUCCUCCGCACCCGCCGCUGGGACCCCGACCUCUCCUCCCGCAUGAUCUCCGUCCUCUCCGACACCUCCCUCCUCCCCGUCGAUAACCACCCCGCCAAUGGCGUCGGCUACCACAUCGCCGAGGCCUUCCUCGAGGAGCUCGGCGACUUCCUCCCCGUCGCCCCCGAAACCCUCGAUUUGCUCCUCAAGCCCUUCUUCUCCGUCUUCCAGAAGUCUUCCGAUAAGGUCCUGGUGAACAAGAUCAAGCUGAACUUGUUCGAGAGAUUGCUUCAGAACGGCGCGAAGCUGCUGAGUCUCGCGACGGCCGGGGAGCAGGCGGAGCCCAAGAGCGAUGUUGAAAGGUUUGGUAGGAUAGCUCUGUCGGUGGGCUUCUCGAAGAGGUUCUUCGAAUUGGGGUCGGCUCCGGAGACUCUGCAGGCGAACAGGAAGGUCCUGUUCGGUUUGCACGAGAGCUUUCUAAAAUUGGAAAAAGAUCUGGAAAAAUCUGGGGUUUGCAUUUCGAUUGAGAUUCCAGAGAAUGGUGAUUCGGAGAAGGUGCCUGAGUCAUCGGCCGCAAAGAACGGUGGUGAAGGAUCAGAUGAGAAGCCAUCCAAGAAGAGGAAGAAGUUGAAGAAAGCAUCUGAUGGUGACGAUAAGAAGUUAAAUGCCAAGAAGAAGAAGAAGAAGAAGAGUAAGAGCCUGAAUUCGAUGGAUUUUGUUGCUGACGAUAGUGUUGCUGAACAGAGUAAUAACGAAGCUGCUAACAUUGAAGCUAGCGGUACUGAAAAUAAUGAAAAACCUAACGAAGAUCCAAUGGAGGGUGCUAAUCUGAUAACUUUUGAUGAAGCUGUGAUCUCUAAUCUUCAGAAGCAGUUCGAGAAAGCUGCUGCAGAAGCUGGAAUGGUGAAUGGAAAUGUGAAACCGAGCACUCCACAGACCACACCGGUAAAUGGAGCUGUGGUGAAGAAGAGAAAAAGAGCAAAAAGUGCUGAUGGAAAGGCCAUCGCUAAUGGCACUGAUGCUAGUGGUGGAAACACUGUUGGAAAAAGCGGGGAUAAGAGUGUUAAGAAGGUUAGGUUUUCGAUGAAGAGCAAUUUGGUGUGGAAGCCACACAGCCCUUUGCCACCUCAAAGUUUGAGGUUGCCGCCAUCCGCUACUCCGAGAGGUAGUGCCCUCAAGAAAGGGGUUGCGCCAGGACCCAUUAAAGAAACCCCUUCAGUUUCGAAGAUGAAAAAGGGUAAGGCGAAGGCUAGCUCUGCGAAGAAGAACAGGAUGGGCUCAAAGAGUCCCUCUUCAGCGGUGAAGCGCCUUCGGAAGUUGCAAAGCCUUUCUGCGUGAACUCGCAUACUUGUGAUGGUUGUAUUUCAUAUUUCCACCUUUUUUUAUAGUCUGUGUUCUUUUCACCUUUAUUGUUUCCGAUGACUUUAAACUUUCCCCCAUUUCCUUGCUUUUCGAUUGUCUUAUGCUUCUAUUAGUAUAUGCAUGUUUUCUCCUUUGAUGAAUCAUGGUAUGUUCUUUGCGGUACAUACCAUAAUCCUUUUUUUCCAAGUUAUGGAGUAAAAUUGUUCUUGAUUGUUUAAGCACCUAUGCUUAUUCUAACUUCUAUGUUGAACAUGCCAUCCUGUUCCUUAA